AUGACUACAGUAGGUCUUCGUUCUCCAGCAGCUAUAUAUUCGUGUGUUAUCCGAAAUAGUAGUGAUGCUGAAAUCGAUGUUCAGGUGCAUUUUUCCGGCAUUGAAGAUCAUCAUGCCGAAGUGGCUGACAUUGAAAUCGCACAAGGUGAAGAAGAACGUGUAGAUGAAAAAGAAUUUACUCAUGGUGACUCAGAUGGCAAAUAUCAUAAAACAGUGGAAUUGAUUCGUGUGCGAAAAUUCGAUGGUUCGACAAUCGAAUUAAAACAACCAUUUGACGGUGUGACAGCGCCGAAGAAAGAUUGGAUAUUUGAAAUCACUAAUGACUCAAUCAAAUCGGUUGAUCCAGCCAAGAAAUAA